AUGAAUACGCCUUUUUCACUUCCCGACAAUGAAAGUGCGGAACCGGGCAACGGGGGCAAGGGACAAGACCAGCAGCAGAAAAUCGAUAUUCUUCGAGCAUGCCAGUCAUGCCGUGCUUCCAAAGUGAGAUGCGACCAGCCGAACCCUGGCAAGCCGUGCCUCAGGUGCCAGAAGUCUGGCAAGCCCUGCAUUGACGCCACAAGCCAACCAGAGAAGAGACAGCGGCAAUUAAACGACCGUAUCCUGGAGAUCCAAUCACGAAUCGAACUGAUGUUGUCCAACGCGGAAUUGCAGGACAGCGCUGGGGAUACACCUCCGUCGAGCGGGAAUACCCUCCGUUCGCCUUCAGAGUCGUCGCGCAACACCCAGCAGCAUGAUCGGAAUUUGCUCAUCAAUGGCAACCAUGGGAUGGAAGAUCUCGAAUCUACUAUACACUCAUGGCUCGCCGAGAACAUCACGGACCUCGAUGAUCGUACUGCAGAAACGAUAUUAGGUCGCUAUUUGAGCAACAUGGCUCCCACAUUCCCGGUUGUCGUCUUUGCGCCAGGUACCACGGCGGCCGACGUCCGAAGCCAGAAUCCACUUCUCUUCCUGGCUAUUCUCGACGUGGCCUCGUCGGGAUUCUGCGCGCUUGAAACUCAGAGGAAACUGCGGAAGCUGAUUGUUCAGGCAUAUGUUCAUUGCAUGCUCCGGACGGAACAAUAUACCAUCGGACUGCUCCAGGCUUUGAUUGUGUCCGCCACAUGGUAUCGCACGAUCGAGCCCGUAGAACCCGGUGAACAAAUGGACAUUUACCAGAUUAGCCAUACUGCAGCGAAUAUGGCCUUGAUCAUGAGAUUAGGGGAGAGUCUGAACAGCAAAUUUGGGGGUAGCUUCCAAGCUGAGUCGCUAGAAGCUCGAAGAGUGUGGUUAGGGUGUCACUAUAUUUGCUCGAACACCUCCAUGUCCCUCCGCGCUCCGAACAUCAUGAGAUGGACCCGCCUUAUGGAUGAAUGCCUGGAGGUAUUGGAAACUUCACCAGCGGCUCUUGCGUCCGACAAGGUUCUGUGUCGGCAUAUCCGGCUUCAGCAUAUAACCGAAGAUUUUGCGAUGCAACUGUCCGCGGAAGAGACAUCUUCCCCUCGUACAACACGAGCUAUUCAGAUCCAGAUGACACAUCAUGACUUUAAACGGCGGCUCAAUGAGUGGCGUAUGGACGUUGCUGAUGGCUGCUGGGACGUGGCCCUCGAGUUUUCGUAUUAUUUCUCACUCCUGUACAUGAACGAAGUGGCUUACUGCACACCGAUGAGUGACAAUGUUACAUGUGAAGCCACUGUUGCAAUUGAAACACAAGCGAUUCUUGAGUUCAUGGAAACGACAGACGACAUCUUUCGAGUUUUCACCUCUCUGGAUAUGUCGACGAUCCGAGCCCUACCCGCGAUGUACCUGAUCCGGAUAAUCUACACAUUCGUGAUCUUGGUCAAACUCCGCUUUGCGGCAGCCAAACUACCGACUUAUGAUGCACGGUUGCAAGUCGCUCGACUUCAGGUCCCCCAACGGCUCGAUCGCCUUAUCCAGAUGUCUGCGGGAUGGGGUCCUUUGUGGCCCGCUACCAAGUUAGCCACUGUGUUCAGCAGACUGCGGUCGUGGUUUGAAAGCGGGGACGGCAAUCCACAGAGGUUGCAGAAGGUACCGGUGUGGCUCACUCUAUGGGAGUUCAAAUCUCCUUCUCAGCAGAACCGAGACGCGCAUGACAUGGACAUGGCUGAAACUCCAUCUGACGUGGAUACCACGCCUUUAUCUCUCGAAUUACCCGUCAGCAGUGAUUUCUCGACUGGCCCUCCUUUUCGGUCAAUGUCCCAGGCUCCCGAGUCUUGCGUUCCUCAGAAGGAAGCCACUGCUUUUAUGCAUGACGAUAAAGGUCCACUUGAUGCAGUUGAUAUCCCCAAUAUAGAACAGAUGGAUGACACUGCUUUCAUGGGUUUGGACUGGAGCCAAGUUUCAGACAUGGGUUUUGACUUGGGCAACUUGGACAUGCCAUGCUCCCCGAUCCCAAUCCCAAGCCAUGGCUCUGAUCCAGAUACGCUGUAUGAAUGA